UGUAUUCAGGGUCGUACGGGAGUGUGUGUGAGUGCCGGUGGAGUCGUAUCUCCCGCCAUUUUUUUUCAACCUGACAUUCUCUUUCUCUCAUUUGUUCUUCUGGAGCAAAUACGUCCUGCAGUCUACCAUCUUGGACGGGUCAGGACUGAGUUUCUUUUGCCUUUCUUUCUUAUUGCGAACGAGCGUUUGUCACGCACUCAAGACCGAAGUGCAUGCUGGGAGUUUUUAUAGAAAGCGCGCCAUAGUGAGUGAGAUCCUGGUUGCCGGGCGCCUCUUCGCUGUGCCGGGGGACAAAACCAGCAUCUCUUCCGUUCAGGUUUAUUUUCGCCACCUUUGGUGUCUUUAACUAAAACUCUUGGAUGUUGGCACGCUGUGCCUCUAAAGCCGUCUCCUUUAAAUUAAGGAGAGGACAUUGCUAAUCCCAGCGCGUCACAGUUAUUGUUAUUUAGCCGUCGAAGCUAAGCUAGGCUAAUCGACGCUAAAUCGAGCCGCCUGGUAGCUUUGAUGCUAGCUAGGCGUUAAAUGUCGAGGGAAAAGCGCUUUGUGCGAUUUCUGUCUCGAUUCCCGGAAUACAUGGUUGUACUGGCGUUCAUUUUAACCUAACCCUUGAACACCACGCUGAAGUUUAUUCGUCGGAGGGGAGGAAAGAAAAAAAGGAAAAUCCGUCGUCAUGGCGCCGCUGCUGGGCCGGAAGCCGUACCCUCUCGCUAAGCCGCCAGCCGAGCCGCCGGGCCCGGGAGAGCAGCUCUACAUCAUCCCGCACACCAAAGAGGCCUUCAUCAACAAAGAAGAGUAUGAGGCCCGAAUGCAGAAAUACAGUGAACGGAUCUGGACGUGCAAAAGCACCGGCAGCAGCCAGCUCACACAUCUGGAGGCCUGGGAGGAAGAGCAGGAGGUCACUGAGCUCCUGCAGGAGGAAUACCCUGUGUGGUUUGAGAAGCCAGUUUUAGAAAUCGUACACCAUAACACAGUGUCUCUGGACAAACUGGUGGAUCAGGCCUGGGUGGAGAUCCUCACCAAAUACGCUGUUGAUGAGGAGUGUGACUUCCUGGUUGGAAAGGAUAAAAGUUUGCGUGUGAAGGUGGUGAAAAUUCAUCCUUUGGAAAAAGUUCAGGACGACCAGGCUCAAAAAAAGUUGGAGGGCGCCUGCGAUUCUCCCUCCAGUGACAAGGAAAACGCCAGCCAGGAAAACCAGAAGAAAGAGCAGCCCAAAGAGGAGGAGAGCAACAGGAGAGAAAGUCUUUGCGAUCGAGCACGUCGCUCCCCCAGAAAACUCCCCACCACCAUGAAGGAGGAGAAGAAGAAAUGGGUGAUGCCUAAAUUUCUGCCCCACAAAUACGAUGUGAAGCUCCUCGACGAAGACAAAGUCAUCAGCGACGUCCCCGCUGACAGCCUCUUUAGGACUGAGAGACCUCCCAAUAAAGAGAUCUUGCGCUACUUCAUCAGACACUACGCUCUGAGGAUCGGCAUGGGGGAGAGCGCCCCCUGGGUGGUAGAGGACGAACUGGUGAAAAAAUUUAACCUCCCCAGCAAAUUCAGCGACUUUCUCUUAGACCCACACAAGUUUUUAGCAGAAAAUCCCUCGUCCAAGAGAAAGAGUCUAAGCUCACCGGAAGGAAAACCCAGCAAGAAGCUGAAGGUUCAGGGCUCGGAGUCGGGGCUGGACCCAAAUGGUGUAAAUGAAAAGGGAGAGAAGGAGAAGAAACGGAAGAAAAAGCAGAACUCCCAGAACAUGCCCCUGAGCCCAACUCUUUGGGCUAACAUGCAGGUGAAGAACCUGAACGGGUCUCCACUGAAGGUUAAGAAUUCGGGAACACCCAAGAAAUCCGAGAACAAGAAACCUUCCGACGCCAGAAGGAGUCACAAGAGCAGUGGAAGCAAAACACCCAACAGCCGUUCAAAAAAAGAUGAAAAGUCCUCGAAGAAACCCAGAAUGAAGCAGAUGACUCUGCUAGACUUGGCAAAAAGUCCCACUGCUGCAGGCAGUCCUAAGAAGAGAGCACGCAGUACCGGACCCGGCACUCCAAAGCUGGGUAAACCCCUGCCUCCGAUGGCCUUGCAUCUGCUGCGCUUUUAUAAGGAGAACAAAGGAAAGGAGGACAAGAAGAGCACGCUGUCCUCGUUGGUUAGCAGGGCGGCGAAGACCUUGUCGGCAGAUGACCGCGGCCGCCUCCCGGACGAGCUGAAGGAGAUGGUACAGAAACGCUGGGAGCGACUGGAGGAGAAGCGCCGAUGGGCCCUCAUGAGCGAGGAGGAGCGGCAGGAAGCGAUGCGCAAGAAGCGGGAGGAGCUGAGGGAGAAACUUCGCGAGAAGGCGAAGGAGAGACGCGAGAAGGAGUUGCAGCUAAGGCGCGAACAGCAGCGACGCUUCGAGGACCAGGAGCUCACUGGCAAGAGCCUGCCCACGUUCAGGCUGGUAGACAUGCCCGAGGGCUUGCCCAACACUCUGUUCGGUGAUAUUGCUAUGAUCGUGGACUUCCUUAGCUGCUACUCUGAUCUCUUGUUACCUGACAAGCAGUACCCGGUCACAGCACAGUCACUUAUGGAGGCACUGGCAGGCGAAAAGGGAGGCUUUCUCUACUUGAACCGCGUCCUGGUGGUGCUGCUACAGACAUUGUUACAGGACGAGCUCGCCGAGGCCUACAGCGAACUGGACAUGUCUCUGUCUGAAAUCCCACUGACAAUGCACUCCGCCUCAGAGCUAGCACGCCUGUGCCUGCGCCCAACAGACGUACAGGGGGGUGAGAGCGCCAGGGAUUCUGACGACUGGCACAGUGGCGGUUGUUUUGACGACGUCUUGAACGCAGAGCUCCUGGAGCGGCUCGAGACCACCGAGGUAUUCGAGCUAACACCGUCUGAGAAGGUAAGUCUCCUGGUGGCCCUGUGUCAUCGCAUCCUCAUGACGUACUCUGUAGAGGAUCACGUCGAGUCGGCGCAUCAGCGUUCCUCCGAGCUCUGGAAGGAACGCAUCGCCACACUCAAGGAAGCCAACGUACGCCGUAAGGCUGAGAAGCAAAAGCGGAAGGAGCAGAUGGAGUCCAAGACCCAGGACACGGCCGUUAGAAAGGAAAAGAAAAAGGAAGGCAAUGGCAAGGAGGAUGCCCCCAAAGUCAAGGCAGAGCCAGAAGACAUGAUCAGCACGGUGAAGAGCCGCAGGCUGAUGUCCAUACAGGCCAAAAAGGAGAAGGAGGAACUUGAACGGCAGAACAAAGAGCGAAUGGAGAAGGAAGCCGAGGAGGAGCGCAUCAGAAAGCAUAGAGCUGCGGUAGAGCGUGCGUUCCAUGAGGGCCUCACCAAGGCCAAGCUGGUGAUGAGGAGAGCGCCGCUUGGCACUGACCGCAACCACAACAGGUAUUGGGUGUUCUCUGACGUCGUUCCUGGACUUUACAUAGAAAAAGGCUGGGUGAACGAGAGCAUUGACUACAACUACACUCUUCCCCCUGAGCAGACACAAGGAGAAGAGGAAGAAGAGGAGGAGGAGACAGAGGAUAUGGAGAAAGAUGAUGAGGCCAGUAUAGCCAGUGCUACUAACGAGAAUGGCCAGCAGGGGUCUCCUGCUUUAGAGACCUGCAUAGAGACAACUGUGCCCAAGCUGGGUCAAAACCUCUGGUUUGUGUGCGACACUCAGAAAGAUCUGGAUGAUCUCGUAGAAAGCCUUCAUUCACAAGGCGUGCGGGAGAGCGAACUGAAGCUGCAGUUGGAACUCAAGUACCAGGAUAUCUUGCACUCCAUUCACCUGAGCAGGAAAGGCAACACCGGCCUGCGCACAUGUGACGGCCACCAGGAGCUCCUCAAAUACCUGCGCAGUGACAUCAUCGAGGUGUCUUCACGUCUGGAGAAGGGUGGACUUGGCCUAAUGGAAGACACUGUUGUGUUUGAGGAGCAGGUGCGACAUCUGGAAAACUUGAAGGACUUCGGCGAGUGCGUGAUCACAUUGCAGGAGAGCGUGGUCAAGAAGUUCCUGCAGGGCUUCAUGGCUCCCAAACAGAAGAAAAAGAAGAAGCAGACAGGAGAAGAGAGCGGAAAGACAGAGGAAGUGGACGAGGAAAAGAAACUGGCAGAGGAGGCACGGGUGGCGACUGCUGUGGAGAAAUGGAAGUCUGCCAUACGCGAGGCUCAGACCUUCUCGCGCAUGCAUGUCCUCCUGGGAAUGCUUGACGCGUGCAUCAAGUGGGACAUGUCGGCGGAGAACGCUCGCUGCAAAGUGUGCCGCAAGAAAGUAGGAGAGGAUGAUAAGUUAAUCCUGUGCGAUGAGUGCAACAAAGCCUUCCAUCUCUUCUGCCUGAGGCCAGCACUUUAUCGCAUCCCCGAAGGAGAGUGGCUGUGUCCAGCCUGCCAACCGACUACUGCACGCCGUUGCUCACGUGGAAGAAACUAUAACGAAGACACAGAGGAGGAGGAGGAUGAAGAGGACGAAGAGGAGGAUGAUUCAGAAGAAGAUGACUCUGAGGAUGAGGAGCAGAGGGAUACAGGCCACAGUUUGAGGCCAAGGAAGAAGAUGAAAUCGUUCUUGAGGCCCAAAGCACAGGGCAAGUCAUCGUCCAAGAAGCAUUCGCCAACAAGUGCCAAAACGUCGUCCAAAUCUAAAGGUGCUGCCAAAUCACGGCCGAGCAACCCUGCAGACAUCGACGAACUGGUGCGCCAGAGCUCCAGAACAGGAGGAAACAAGCAAGCGCAGGAGCUUGAGAAGUGUGAAGAAAUCCUGCAAAAACUUGUUAAAUUCCGUUAUAGCUGGCCAUUCAGAGAGCCGGUGUCAGCAGAGGAAGCCGAAGACUACCAGGACAUCAUUAGCACUCCCAUGGACUUCAGCACCAUGCAGAGCAAGUUCAAGUCGUCACAGUACCGCAGCCCGCAAGACUUCAUUGAGGACAUGAAGCUCGUCUUCAGCAACGCUGAGGAGUACAACCAGACCGGCAGCAGUGUGCUGCAGUGCAUGAGCCGCACCGAGCAAACGUUCACCGAGCUGCUUCACAAGAUCCUACCCGGCGUCACCUACCUGCGUCGCAAAGCACGGAAACGCAACGCUCCCCAUCCGGACGAAGAUGAGGAUGACGAGGAAGACGAGAAGAGGGGGAGAAAGAUGCAGAACGGCUCGAAGGGUCGGGAGGAGAGCAGCACUCGGUUCACGAGACACAGCGGAAGACAGCGCAGGCAGGAGGAGAGCGAAAGUGAAGAUGAAGACGAAGAGGACAGGGUCACGAGGAGAAGCAAACGGACAGCAGCCUCGUCAGGCCGCAAGGACUAUCGGGAACAGGACAGCGACAGUGAGAGAGAAAACAGGAGGACUGGCUUGAGGAAGUCCGGGCGGAGGGCAGGCGAUGACGCGGAAGCGAGCAGCGACGAUGAAUCAAUCGGCCAGCGACAUUCCAAGAGGCAAAAACGUUCACUUUAAAUUCCAGGGUGCUUUUUUUUGUUGUUGUUUUGGUUUUCUUUUUUUUGUUGUUGUUUAAAAUUUAUUCUUGUCCUUCAUAAUCUUCUACCUCCCUCGAUUCCAAAAGGCAAAGUGGACCCACUCUCUGACACCUUUCAAACUGCCCCAUGUAGAUUCAUUUUUUUUGUUUUUCAUUUUCCUGGUUUAUUAGACUUGAUAUUUUGUUUAUGUUGAUAAAUACAAAAGAAAAGAACUGAUUUAUAUUUGUAAGUUGUUUAUUACUGAAGACUUUUUUUUUUCUUAACCAGGAAAUAUAAUAAUCUCUGAUGAGAUGACCUCUAAGCUCUUAAAAGGCGAUUUUUCAUUUAAAUUUUGACCAUAAGCCACUCACUAUAUUAUACAUCAGCCCCAUUUUAUUUGUUAUAUAUAUAUAUA